GUUCUCCUUUCUCGAUUAUUCAGUCUCUCAACAUUGACAAUCAUCGACCUUUUAGCGAUCUUUACAUAUACAUAAAAUGUCUGAUAAUCCUUUUCUUGCUCUUAUCGAGGGCCUCAAUACUGAUGACUCAACAGUUGCCACUACUACACCUGAAGACUAUGCUGCGGAAUUAUCGCUCUGGACCAAUGCAGAAUUCACAUUUGACAUCCCACCUGGGUUAGGUGUCUUCGAGACUGAUUCUGGUUUUGAAGAUCCCGCUGUAAUCAAUACUGUCUCUUAUUUUGGUGGCCAGGACCAGUUACUACUCCAACAUCAACAAUCACAGCAGCAGCAGCAACAGCAUGAUCCUAUGCUAGGACACAUGCAUAAUGACCAAUCUCGACAGAUCCAGACUACAUCGCCAUCAACUUUAGACAUUUUCAAUCUCACAACAUCGCAAGAGUUUAGACCACUAUCACUCUUGGAGCGUAGUCGUCAACGUAAUCCAGUAAAUGGGGAUAGGUCUGAUUGCCAGCAGCAGCAGAAGGAAGGAGAAGAAAAGCAGGCAUCAGAACCAGGGGCAAGGCAAUUGGCGAUUAAAGAUAGCAACAGCAACAGCAACAGCAACAGCAACAGCAACAGCAACAUUAGUAUCACAGAAACAACAGACCAAAAACCAUUGCGGAGUGAUAACACUUCCUCUGUUUCAACCUCAGUCUUAGACACUUCUGUCCAAGAAAUAUCAAAGGAUGAAGCCCUCUCAAACAUGUCCAAACUGACACCAGAAGAGGAUAAAAGACGACGUAACACAGUCGCAUCCGCACGCUUCCGACUAAAAAAGAAGCUUCGUGAACAAGUUUUGGAACAAACAGCGCUUGAACAGACAACUCGUGCAGAGAAGCUGGAAGCUCAUGUUCGGGAGUUGGAAAUGGAGGUGCGUUGGUUGCGUGGCUUAAUUGUAGAGAAGGAUUCGAGGCUUCAUGAGGCCACAGUUAGUUUGUACGAUACCAACAAGCGGGUGCGGCUAGAUGAAUCGGAUUAACAAUGAACAAAUUCGCACAUGCACAGUGCACAUAGGGCAUGUCAAGUCGCUAUUGUCGUUGUUAUAAUAGCAAACGAUUGUAAUGAAAAAGGUUUAUGUAAGACAUGCAAUCGUUAUUGUAAAUAGCUGUUUAAAAUAUAUACACACAC